AUGCUCUGUCAACGUAAGAGACGUAAGCUUGACACUGAUAUUUUAGAUGACACUUCUGGUACAAAUAUGCAGCCUUUAAAUGCUCUUGAUGUACAGAAUCUCAAGAUUUGUUCUGAACUUGGUUGUGGGUCAUAUGCUACUGUCAAACUGAUUUUCAAUGAAAAUAAACGGGAGUUUUAUGCUUGUAAAUUUUUUAACAUUGCAAAUCGUACUGUAUUUGAAAAUGAAUAUAAAAUUAUGGAACGUUUACGUGGUCAUCCAAACAUUAUUAAUGUUUUAGAAUAUGCAUCACAAGGUGAUUUGUUUGAUAAAAUUAAACCUGAUGUUGGAAUGCCGCUUUUAGAAGCAUGGAAAUUAUUCAUAAACCUAAUGAACGGUAUUGCUUUCAUACACCAUAGAGGAAUAGCUCAUAGAGAUAUAAAACCAGAAAAUUUGUUAGUCUGUUGUAACAAUGUUUUAAAAAUUGCAGACUUUGGAUUUUCUACCUAUUUUACAAUUAAUGGUGUUGAAAGACAAUUAACAAAUACUGUUGGAUCGCCAGCAUAUAUGCCUCUUGAAGUUUAUCAUCCACCAUAUAGAGCUGAGCCUAGUGAUAUUUGGCAAUGUGGGGUCGUUUUAUUUGCAAUGUUAACAGGUAAAUUACCAUGGAGAAAAGCGUGUACUUCCAACCCUGAUUUUGCUGAAUAUGUUAUGGGUAAAAGAUUUAAAAAUGAUAUUUGUACAAGUAAUCUUAGUCUUGAUGCAUUAUCUCUUAUCUCUGAGAUGCUAUGUAUCAAUCCUGGAAAACGUGCAACAUUAAGAGAUAUUGCUGAGCAUCGUUUUAUUAAAAAUAAUCCUCAAGAAAGUAAUAAUUUUUCUCGCGCUUUUAAAAGUUUACAUAAUUCAUAUAAUGAAAAUACUUCUAAAAUCACGUCAUUUACGCAACCUGUACAAGUUAAUUCUAAUAAAACUAAUGAUGAGAAUUUUAGUGUUGCUACUCAAUUUGCUGAAAAUAAUAAUAUUAUUUCAAAAGCUGGUUAUACUAUUUCUCAACCUUGUAAAAAUGAUUUAGAAAUUCAUGAUGGUGAUAUUUCAAACUUAGGUGAAUUUGAAGAUUUAUGGAAAGAAUCACUUUUACAAGGAUCAAGAUUUUUUGUAUCUGUACCAAAGAAAGAUUUUGUCAAGGCAGUUAUUUCAUAUUUUGAAAGUAAGAAUUACACCUCUACAAAUAGUGGUUUUUGUGGAUUGAAAUUUACAUCACGUUUAAAAGAAGAUGGAUUAAUUUUUUUGAUGAGAGCAUUUGGUGUUAUUAAAAGAAAAACAGUAUAUACGUAUGUACAUUUUCGUCGUCUUGGAGGUUCCGGCUUUGAUUUUAUCACUAUGUUCCAUGAAUUGAAAAAAGAAUUAUCAUUUCGUGUAUAUGAUAAUAUUUACUGA